AUGGCGCCGACCACCGAGACGGCGGCCGUUUCGGCUCGCCGGGAGCCCACGCCCGAUCACCCACCUUAUUCCUCGAUGAUCGGCGAGGCUAUCGAAGCGCUGCGUGGCAGCGCGUCGGAGGAAGUCAUCUCGGCCUUCAUCCUCGGCAGGCACCCCGGCGUGCCGCAGGCCCACGACCGGCUCCUCCGCCACUACCUGGCCAAGUACGUGGCGGAGGGCCUCUUCGUCUGCACCGCGGAGGGCCGGUACUCACGCGGCUCCCACGGCACGCAAGUCACCGUGGCUAAGCUCUCGCUAAACGAUGGUCGAUGGCAGCUACCUGAGCCGGCGCUUGUCGUCGCUAACGAGGAUGAUCCGCCCUGUCCAGCCACGGACAUUGACCAUGAUCAAACUUCCACGAUGAUGCGUCCCACGGCUGCCGAUGCCACCAAGUACGCGAGUCGUCGGCCGCGGCCUUGCAAUGCGGCGCCUGUUCACAGCCCUGCCACGCCAUCAAAUGCUAAUGUCAACAACAAAAAGAAGAGCAAGCCCAGAGUCCGUGGCAGGCAACGCAAAGUGCAGGACCUGUACGACCGCAAUCCACCUAAGCCUGCAUGUAACAUACCAGCUGACAAAGAGAUGUGGUGUGUGCUCGCACUGCCUGCGCUGGUGAGGCUAUGACUAGUCCGCGCUACAUCUCAGUUUCCAACCGAUCUCAUUAUUACAGAUCUAUCAUCUAUGUAGUUCCAACUUGGAGCAACACCUCGAAUUUUAUAUGCUUGAUGU